AUGGCUACUUUAAAGGAAAAGAGAACCUGUGGUCAAAGGUGUCAAGACUUUGGUCACUUUAUCUGGAAUUCAGACGAUGGAACUUUUAUGGGCAGAACAACAACAAAAUGGCUGUUCAUCAGCAUGUACUAUGUAGCGUUCUAUGUAGUGAUGACGGGUCUGUUUGCCCUGUCCAUCUACAUUCUCAUGUACACACUGGACCCGUACACACCCGACUACCAGGAUCGAUUACAAUCACCAGGUGUGAUGGUUUGGCCGGACACAUAUAAUGAUGAGGUGUUGGAAAUCAGCUACAAUAUGACAGACAAGAAAAGCUGGAUGACGAUGACCCGGAGCCUGGAAAACCUGCUUGACCCCUACAACGACACCAGACAGAGCCAGAUUAACAAUUACAACUGCACUGCAGGCGAGUACUUCAUCCAAAACCAGUUCAAGGCUCCUAAACACACAAAGUGGUCCUGUCCUUUCUACCAAAGGACGCUGGGAAACUGCUCUGGAAUCGAUGACCCAACGUUCGGCUACACGACUGCCCAGCCAUGCGUCAUCAUCAAGAUGAACAGGAUCAUUCAUUUCAUGCCAAACGACGGGACAGGAAGUGCUCCGUAUGUGAACUGCACCGUGUCGAAAGGACAGGAGAAUGUGCGUGGGUACACGUACUAUCCUCAUAACGCCACUCUGGACCUUUCAUACUUUCCAUACUAUGGAAAAUUGGCCCAGCCACAUUACACGAAUCCCCUGGUGGCUGUAAAAUUUGAUCUUAUCAACGAGAAACAUGCAGAGAUCCAGUGCAGGGUGAUGGCCAACAACAUUGGUUAUCAGAACUUCUACGAUCCCUACGAGGGAAGAGUGACCUUCCUCUUAAAUGCUUUAAGCUAG